AUGGAUCCUUCGUUUCUUUUAUUUGAUAAAAUCAUUCGAAAGCCUAUUUCUAGUUAUUUACUAGACUAUGUUACUAUUGAAUUUCAAUCAAUUUUACCAUGCAUCAAAGAAGACUAUUUUACAAACAACAACAAACUGUCAUCAAUAAAUAAUCAUAGUUCAUUACCAUCUCCUCCUUUAUCAAUUGACAAAGUCAUUCCUCUAAGAUCAUUUAUUGAAUCCAUAGUUACUAAAUCACAUACAGAUACGGGAACAUUAAUCAGUUCCUUAUCUUAUGCAAGGCGGCUAAGGAAGAGAUUAUCACGUACUAGCAAAGGAAUGGAGUGCACUCAUCAUAGAAUAUUCUUAGCUACAUUAAUCAUCACUACAAAGUAUCUUCAUGAUACCGCACUAAAAAAUAAGUACUGGGUUGCUUAUGCGGGUAUGUUUACUGCCAAUGAAAUCAAUCUGAUGGAAAAACAAUUACUACAACUCUUGAAUUAUGAUUUGGAAAUUGAUGAUUUUUAUUCAAUCAUGGAAGACGUUGUUCAGAUUUAUGCAAAAGAAUACCACAAGAGCACCAAUGCUAAAGCUAUUUCCUAUUCCCCGCCUUGGGAUCCCCCAUUACUUGUAUCUUCUAUCUUGUAAUAAAGUUAUUUUGUUGAACGAAUUACUAAACUAUCUAUUCUCAUAAUUCCCAGCCAAAAAAAAAAGGGAUCAGUUGUAGCUACAAAUGUUGUGAUUUAGUCACUUUAAAAAAGGAUGUUUCCGCCCACGCUGCAUCACAUGGUUCUUGUCA